AUGAUCGAUGAUCAAGAUCUGGGCUUCUUUGCCAAUUUUCUUGGUAUCUUCAUUUUCGCACUGGUAAUUGCUUAUCAUUAUGUAGUGGCUGAUCCCAAAUAUGAAGGGAACUAAGAGUCUUUUUGUUUUCUUUGACCGAGUGCUUUGCAAUUGGAUGUGAAUUGUUUUAGUUGAGAUGUCUCUUCACAGCUAUAAAUUUUAGUUUAUUUUAUUUUGGUAGACACUUCAUAUCCAUAUAUGUCGUUUUA